AGGAUAAAAUAAGUAGAAUGACCAACCACACUUCUGUGAGAUAUUUUGUUCUGAUGGGAUUUUCAGAUGACUGGAAUUUGCAAAUUUUACACACUGUGAUAUUUCUCUUUGUUUACUUAAUCACUUUAAUGGGGAAUUGUCUCAUUAUAAUGGCAGUGGCAUUUGAUCACCAUCUCCACAGUCCAAUGUAUUUCUUUUUGGCGAACCUUUCCUUUGUAGAUAUUUGUUCUAUCUCUACCACACUUCCCAAAUCGAUAGCUGUAUCUCUGACAGACAACAAGGGAAUUUCUUUUGGCGGAUGUGUCACACAGGUCUUUUUCAUGGUUACAUUUGUCGGUAGUGAGCUGGCUUUGUUAACUAUUAUGGCUUAUGACCGUUACGUGGCCAUCUGCAACCCUCUGCAGUAUAAGAUGAUCAUGAACUGGAAUGCCUGUAUUCAAAUGGCAGUUGCCAGCUGGACUUGCAACCUGAUCCAUGCAGUGCUGGAAACAGGGAUCACCUUUAGAUUAAACUUCUGUGACUCUAAUAUGAUUGGCCAAUAUUUCUGUGACAUUCCUCAGUUACAAAAGAUUUCUUGCACUGAUACAAAAGUCAAUCAAAUUCUGAUACUUGUACUUGGGUUCUUUUUUGACUCUUUUUGUUUUGCACUCAUCUUUGCUUCUUAUGGUUACAUUUUCUCCACCAUAAUUAAAAUGCCAUUGGUCCAAAGCCGACAUAAAGUUUUUUCAACUUGCACUCCUCACCUGACUGUUUUUUCUGUAUUCAUAAUCACAGCUGUGUUUUCAUACAUGAGGCCAAAAUCACUUUCAUCUUCUAUAGUGGAUUUAUUGUCUGCUGUUUUUUAUACCAUUUUGCCUCCAAUUUUGAAUCCCAUCAUUUAUAGCCUCAGAAAUAAAGACAUCCAAAAUGCUGUCUUGAAACUACUGCAAAAUGUCAUAUACAGUAUAGAUUGUUGGCAAAGUAUCAACUUUUUAUAA